AUCUCAAUUAAUUCAUCAAGUAUUUUAUAUAUGUUCUCCCAAAACUUUUACAUAUAAACUCAAAUAAUUAUUUUGAGCAAUUAAAUUAUUUAUUUCUGCAACAGUUACUCUACCAAUUUCAUUGGAAUGAAGAAAAGGUAAAAUACCACGAUUAUUAGGCAAGAUAUCUUUUCUUUUGCUUCUAGGUGGCCAAAAAAAUAAAAAGAAGCCCUAGCUCUCACACAGCUAAAAUAGAUACGCGAAGCCUGAAGAAGAUAAUCAAUUCCUGCAAGUAGAUGGGUCUUGCCUUUUAGUUUCAAAUACCACCAAAGGUUAAAUAGUAUGGACUCAGAUGGAAAAAAAUCACUUCAAGAGAAUACUAUGGAUUCAAAGGGGGCAUUCCGUAAGCUCUCCAAUGAUGCAGUUAACAGGAAAUACAGGCGUCGUUCUCCUGUUGGUGGAUCGUCCUCGUCUGAGGGGAGCCCAUCCCGCAAGAGGGGCUUUAGUCCCAUCUCUUCAAGGAAGGAUGACUGGCGACAUAAGGAUGAUUAUUUAGAUAGGAAUUCCAGUAGAAACCGACAAGGUCGAAGUGGUGAAUCUCACAGGAAGUCUGAUCGACAAUCUUCUAGGAGCUCCCGCAAUCACCAUAGGCACGAUGAUUAUCCCAGACAUGACUGGCAUACUGAUGAUGAUGAUAGAGGAUAUUCAAAGCUAUGCUCUCAUUCUCAUCGUGAUUCAAGAGUGGACAAUUAUUCUAAUAACUCCAAGCGAGAUAAUGAUCAUAGGUCAAGAUACUCCUCACGUGACAUUGACAAACACUACCGUGAUAGGUAUGAAGAUUUAGGGCAUAGAAGCAAGAAUCGGCAGAGAGAAACUUCAUCAUUCAAAGAUAAUGGUUUAUCAUUUGAUCGAGUAGGAUCAGGUGGGCGUUAUAAUAACUCUAGCAUUGACGAUAAUAUAUUCAGGGAUAAUGAUAGGUUUAAGGAGCAUAGAGACAACCGAGAUGAGAAAGGGAACUGUAGGAGUGAUCACAAGAGUGAUCGUUCACCCGCUUAUGAGGAGUCUAGAAGCAACCGAAAUGAGUCAAAUUCAAGAAAAGAUUCACAAUUUGCUGUUAUGGAGUUGGAUGGUGAGAAAUACAUCAAAGAGGGAAGGAAGAACUAUGAGGACCGAGAGAAGAUAUUUGAAGACAGAAAUGUUGCUUCUGGUAAAGGGCAAGAGUGUCCAUCUAAGAAAUCAAAAUUCUCAGGCAUGGAUCAGAGUUCUGAGCAGGGAAAAGAUGCAAGUGCAGCUGAUGGAAAACUCUCUUCGAACUCAAACGAAGGUCAAGAUCCAAACAGUGAAUUGACUUCGGAGCAGGGCGUGAAAGACUCUGAUAUAGAUGCUGCAAAAAUUGCUGCAAUGAAGGCUGCUGAAUUAGUUAAUAGAAACCUUAUUGGAACGGGUAUCAUGACUACCGACCAAAAGAAGAAGCUGCUUUGGGGAAACAAGAAAACGACCACUAAUACUGAGGAGUCCGCUCAUCAUUGGGAUACAUCACUAUUUGGUGACCGGGAGCGACAAGAAAAAUUCAACAAACUCAUGAGUCUGAGGUUGCCUUGGUACCUAUGGCCAAUUGUAGGGUGUGAAAGGCGAUGUGAAUACAGAGAACAAGCCAGUCAUCCACGAUGCAGAGAGGCAAAGGGAGCUCCAGAUGGACUUGGAGAAGCAAUACACUGCUGGACUUCGCCGAAGAGAUGGUCGUACAGUUGGACUAGGCCUCUAAGAUUUUGCUUUGGUCAUCUUAUACUUUUGCAACUCUUGUAAUGGUUGUGUUGUGUUGUUUUGCAAUUCUGGAGCUGCAUGUAUUGUCUUACUAAACCAUGUAUCUUGAAUUUUCCAUUUUCUUGUGAUCAUGGAUUCUAUUUUCUAAAUCUAUUUUACCGACUUAAUCUA